UAACUCUAUUGUUCCUAUUUAUGGCGAUCCUAGUGUAUUGUGCUCUGCGUGAUAUGAUACUACUACGCUAGCAGGCAAGAUUUCCUUGAAAACCAAGCGCCGCAAGGGGAAACCCAAAGAUCAGCAUUCGCUCAAGGUCCAGAUAUUAUGAGCUAAUGCGUAUAAUCCUGCAUAUUGUUCCGACCUUUGUCAUCCCACCAAAGCGUAUUUCACGAACCGAGUAUUGAUGCGAAAUCACAAAAGCUUAUCGACGCCAUAACUAGCCACGCAAGAGAGACGACGACGAAGAAAAGAGGAGGAGCUAUCAACUUCCAGGGCGUCUUCCAUCCAUCUACGAGAAAAACAAAAUGUUUAUCCUCCAUAUCCUCUGGUUUUUCUUGGGCCUGCUGCCCUGGGGGCUUCCGCUCACCAUCCCGAUAAACACGACCAUCCCGCACAACUUUACAUUGAACCUCAUCCCUAUGGACGAGAUGGGGUGUUGGAAACCGCCACUGGACGCCCACGAUCUCUACAUGGCGGUCCAGAGGCUCAAGAAAUGGGGCGAAAAGAGUAAGGUCGGCGCCGGGAACUACCACGGCGAAGCCUACGGCGAGGCAGGCGCAUGGGUCUGCAACUGCAAACACUUCAUGAUGGACCACUUGCCCGCCGCCGAAAUCGACGAGGCGUACGAAAUGGUCAAUAGAUCGUGUCGUGGCUGGGGCGGAUGGGUCUGGAGCGGAAGCUGGCAGAAGGCCUGGAACUUUGGCAGUAAUGAGAAGAUGCACCACACGUUGCCUGGUAGCAGUAAAUGUCCCAAAGGGUGCCUAUGGGCUGUAGUCUAAUAUGUUGUCACUUGUGUUUGAAGUUGGGUUGUGAAGUAUGGGGAUUUGACAGCAGGGACGUGUUGCUAGGAGAAAAGAACAAGAGAAAGUCAGGAGACUCAGGAGUGAGGGUAUUCAGUGAUUACAUACAACCAAUUUAUUUGUU